AUGAAUCAUAGGUGCAAGAUCGAUCUUAAAAGUUCUGAGCUUGUGAAUUGCCGAUAUGAAGGUCCUAAACUGUUGCUCCCCCUCUGUAUAGAGAGCAUCAACAUUCAACAGUCGACAAGGUGGGAUUGUGAUUUCUCGUGGUCAUAUUCAGCAACAGCUAAAAGGUUGGGGAAAACAAAGAACCGAAAAAAUUACCUGUCACUAGUAAUUCCUGCUUUCAAUGAAGAGAAUAGGCUUCCUGGUGCUCUCAAUGAAACCAUGAAUUACCUUAAAAAACGGGCGGCAAAUGAUGAAUCAUUUUCUUAUGAGGUAUUGAUCGUUGAUGAUGGGAGUAGGGAUAAAACAAAAAAUGUAGCUUUUGACUUUGUAAAGAAGUAUGGCGUGAACAAUGUAAGAGUUAUCCUUCUUGGUAAAAACCAUGGAGAAGGAGAAGCAAUAAGAAAAGGAAUGCUACAUUCACGUGGUCAAUUACUUCUAAUGCUAGAUGCCGACGGGGCUACCAAUGUAACCGACCUAGAAAAACUUGAAAAUCAGAUCCAUGCAGUAGCGAGAAAAGAUCAUCAUGGUUAUUCGACAACUGGUGAGGCAACUUUUACAAUAUCUGAUCCCAAUAGUUGCAUUGGAUCUCGUGCCCAUCUUGAGGAAAAAGCUCUAGCUACAAGGAAGUGGUACCGCAAUUUUUUGAUGAAGGGUUUUCAUCUUGUGGUUCUCUUGGCUGCUGGACCUGGAAUUCGUGAUACGCAGUGUGGGUUUAAGAUGUUUACUAGGUCUGCGGCAAGGAAGCUUUUUACCAACAUCCGGUUGAAAAGGUGGUGUUUCGAUGUUGAGCUAGUUUUCCUUUGCAAAUGGUUCGGUAUUCCGAUGCUGGAGAUAUCUGUAAACUCGUCUGAAAUUCCUGGAUCCAAGGUGAAUCCAUUGAGUAUACCGAACAUGCUUUGGGAGAUUGCCCUCACGUCUGUAGGGUACAGACUCGUAUCUGGAAAAUUAACUCCUGAUGUCGAUCCAUUGAGCAGCGGUGAACAAAGAGAAGCGAUGCAACUGAUUUUGAUAACCUUGGGUUUAAAUACGUUCUUUCAGAAAAGCAGUUUAUGCGAGCUUGUUCUUCCUGCAAUCCACCGGCAGUCUUUUCCAGUUGUAAUAUUAACUGAGGUCAGGUGA